ACAUACCUAACCUAAAAUAUAUUGACUAAUAUCAAAAUAAGAGAUUUAAUUAGUUAUUGUAGAUUUUAGCUGAAAAGUAGAGCUUUAUUAAGUUCUUUUAUACAUACCUAAAAUUGCGACAGGCUCUUAUUACUUAUUUCCUGUUUUAAUCAUAAAAGAAUGGCAUCAGAUGUAAUAUCAAGCCUCCAUCUGGAUAAUAAUACGACCAGCAGAGUGAUUGUUGCUAAGGAAAUCAAUGGGUGUGAUAGUUCAUUUAUUACUAGCUGUAUACUUGGUCACUGCAUUAAAAGUAAGCAAGCUGUUCUGUUCAUAGCUACUCAUAAUUCUCUUCUCCACUAUCAAAAUGUGGGUCUAAAAAUGAAUUAUAAUUUACAAAGGCAUGUAGAUGCUGGCCUUGUACAUUUUUUUAAACUAGAUGAAGAACUUGUUAACCUUUUGAUGGCCAAUGAAGAAAAAUCACUAGAAAAUAUAUUUUCUUCUAUAAUUAAAAUUGUACAAACUUUGAAGUUGAAUAACAAUGUAGUUCAUAUUAUUUUGGAUGGUAUUUCUCAUUUGUUUGACAUGCAGUACAGUCUCAGAGAUGUCAAUAAGUUUUGCAAUAAAUUAAUUCAGUUAAAUAGAGGCAACAUAGGUUCAUUUGUGUUAUUUCACUGUAAUGUAGCACAUGAAGAUGACGUGACUCAUGUCAUGGCAAACCUCCUUUGCCACACAGCUCAUACAAUUCUGGAAGUCAGGAACCUUUUGUCAGGCUUGAGUGCUGACGUGUCUGGACACUUAACCAUUAAGUAUCCAGGACAUAAGUUUGAAGAUGAACACAUGAACACCAUUGACAUGAAACCUUCUCGGUAUCUCUUCAAACUAUUUGAUAGAGGUGUUAAACUGUUCGCCCCGGGCACUGUAUAACAAGUUGGUUAACCUCAAGUCUACCGCCCAAGGGAAAACAGGACAGAAGGUAAUUGCUAUCAAUUAUUAUGUUAAUCAUCAGUAGAUUGCUGGUUAAUUAAGCUCAGACCAUUCCAAAAUAAAUGUGUGGAAAUUGUUUAUGUCAUGUUUA